GUCUCAGUCAGCGUACAAGCUUCUAAGCAAGCAGUCCAAGCCGAACGCCGACUGCCACAGAUUUCGCUAGGCCAGUUUACCAUUUUGGCUCGGGCGCACGCGACGUAUGCGUAAUUGCAGUGCCCGUUGUCAGUUUGACCAGCUGACGCUGUCCUGUGUCCCACUUUCCAAGACAUGCAUUAUAUAGUUUAACUAACGUUCAACUGUGUCAAUAAACCCCAGUGGCAUUUGACGUGAACUGACCACCAGACUGAAGCUAGUGUGUGUCGCGUGUGUGUGCGUGUGUGCCCGUCUUUCGCUCGAGCAAACAUUCCUCAACAGCCGUCAGCGCAUAGCUAUUUUUAGGCACAGCGAAACGCAAAACUCUUAGACGACUGUGCAUGACUCACCGCUGAGCUUAAGCCGGGUCUACACACACACCAAACAGCUGCGCCGCGUCAUCGUCAACGCCGAUUCCAUCGCCGACGGCCAACUGCCGACUGCCGACUGCCCACACCAGACACCACUGAGACUCAGCUUUAAGAGCGCUAACUUUAUUUGGUGAUGGCGUCACAAGAUGCCACUAAUUACCCAGCCUCAAGGCUGGCACAAAUGCGGAUGCGCUUCCAACAGAAAACCCAGGAGGAGCAGGAGCUGCGACGUCAAGAACUAAGCCAGACUGUUUCUGUUUCGCCCAGAGCCGAAUCCACCCGGCUCAUAGGCAAUGGCAAAGUACGUCAAAUGUUUGACGAGAGACGUCGUGGAGCUGGUAUUGAUCGCAGCCAUCCACUCAAGCCCAUUGGCGACACACGCUCACAUAGCCUCCAGCAGCAGCAGCAGCAGCAGCAGCAGCAGCUGCAGCAGCAGGCGCAACAGCAGCAGCAGCUGCAGCAGCAGCAACAGCAGCAGCAACAACAGCAGCAGCAGCAGAUGGCCAAAGGCUUAUCCGCACUGAGCCUUAAAGAGAAGACAGUAACUGGCGGAAAUUUGACCAGUGACAACAACAACAACAAAAACAACAACAAGCCCAACAACAAACCCAACAAAAUCAACAACAACAAUAACACCAACAACAGUAAAUAUAACGCACUCGGCCCGAUAACGAACGCAAAUCGUCUGAAGCCAGUGAUAACACGCAAAACGCCACCCAAAAAGGAGAAGGAGCUGACAGUUAGCGCAAAUUCCUCGCCUCCCAACAGCGGCAGGGUCAAGACUCUGAGAGUAACAACAACAAACAACACAGCAACACCAACAUUACAAGCUGUUCGUUCACCAACCGUAAAGGCUCCAUUGUCAGAGAAAGUACGCGUUUCGGCACCCAAGGAACGUCAGGCUACGACUAAAUCUCCAGUUACCAAAAUUCAAAUGGAUACAACACCACCAGAAGGUACCAAAGUGUGUCGCUUUUGUGGCCGUCACUUCAAUGUCGAUCGUUUGGAUAAGCACGAGGAAGUGUGCCAGCGAGCCAUGAAUACGAAGCGUAAGAUCUUUGACGCCUCUAAGCAGCGUGUGAAGGGCACGGAAAACGAGAAGUACAGCAAGAUGCAGCAGAAGUCCAACUUGAGUCGCUCACAAUCCACAUAUAGCAGCGCAGCACAGCAAAAGGGCCUGAAAACAGGUAUUAAGAAAAGCAAUUGGCGCAAGAAGCACGAGGAAUUCAUUGAGGCCAUACGGGCUGCCAAAAAGGUGCAGAUUCAUUUGGCACGUGGCGGCAAACUCAGUGAUCUGCCACCGCCGCCUCCUUCAGAGAACCCCGACUAUAUACAGUGCCCGCAUUGCGGCAGACGUUUUAAUCAACAGGCCGCCGAACGACAUAUUCCCCGCUGUGCCACCAUGGAGCACAACAAGCCGCGUAAGAUUCGUUAACAGUAUCUAGGUUUGGGACGUUGACUUAUGCCUUUAUUACAUGUGAUAAAUGAUUUGAUGAAUAUAUAACAGCAUUAAAGUAAUUGA